AUGUUUGCCACGCGCGGACCGGGGGUGCCUCUCCUCUCGGGGAUAGUGAUACUGUGUGUGGUCGCGUUAGUAGCGUCACUGGAUGAUACGUAUAACAUCGAGCUAAAGCAGAAAGAUUCCGAGGUGUACCAUGAGCAGAGCUUUGGAAGAAAUGAGUUUAGCUACGGCUACCAGGUGGAGAAGGUCAACAGUCAGUUCCAACACAAGGUGAAAGGACCGGACGAUGUCACGUACGGGUGUUACGGUUACAUCGAUCCAGUAGGCGAGAAGCACCUGGUGUACUAUAUCGCCGAUCGGCUGGGCUACCGAUUGCUAGCACCGGACCAACCGACCAAAGUGUUCACCGACCGUGUGGCCAACAGUGUGAGUAAACUCGAUGCAGACCUGCAGGGACGCAAGUUGGAUGAGAAAGUUGUCGCCUGGAACGAUCUCUACCUUCCGUCGACCUGUCGUAGAUUGGAUGAGAUCGUUAGUAUUACCCCACCACCGACGCAGGCACCACAGAGAACUACGACCGCGAAUGGUGGUAUCAUUAACCGACCGAGUAUUACCGUGCGACCGACGACGGUAAACGGAAAUGGCAUCGAAUCUUUCGGAGGAACUCAAACGAUCGGAAAUCCAGGCCCUCAGACCAACAUUAAUUCCAAUGCUGGAUCAAAUUAUGAACCAAAUGGCAACACCGGCAAUUCGGCAUCUCCAGCAGGAGCAGGAGGUGAUGGAAUUGGAAAACUUAAUCAAUCUUCCGGUGGAACCAUCAUCAACGUAGACAUCAACGGGGAUUCUAAUGUUGGCAAUACACUGGGUGGAACUGAUCCGGAAGGUUCCGGAGCGGACACAAAGCUCACGGAAGAUCCCAGAGUGGCACAAGCAACAACGCCUCAACCGAAGAUAGUGGAAAAAACACCGCCUGCACUGCUGAUCGAUCCAUUGGAUCCCCAGGACUUCCUCUCUACCACCACGGAGCGUAUUCCGGUCGGACAGACCGCCCAAGCUCCUGACACCCCGUCGUCUUCCAAUUGCGGAACGUCUAACGGACCGUUCAGCUCCGUUCACCAACCGAAAUACCCGAACACCAUCGGUCAGUUCAAUGGGUUCGUGUUUCCGAUUAAUCGUAACUGCGAUGCCAGCGGCCGAUCGACGGAGGAACUGCUUGCCCAGAUGCAGGCGAUCAACCAGAUGGUGCUGCGAGUUAGCGAAACCCUUCACCGGUUGAUCGACGAUGAUGAACAGCGGCGCAACGGGACGCACCCGAACGUUAGCGACACCUGUCAGCAGGUUCUACAGCUGCUCAACAUCCAGCAGCCGGUUCCGCUGCUCGUCUACGUACCCAUCAUGCUGCCUUACCUUGAAGGUGGCAUUCACGAACAAAAGCCCGCAAUUAACCCGGCGAGCUACGCGUACGCCAAGACCUGUAGCGAGUGCAAAUAA